AUGAUGCUCUGGAAUGGCAUGAGUCAGGUGGCUAACAUAGCGCAGCUUGCCGGGGUGGACGCGUAUGGGCUCAUCACGAUGAUCGUGGAAGCUGCAAAGACAGUCAGAAGGAACCGGGAAACCUGCCAGCUGCUGGCGCGGCUUGUGAAGAUGAUUGGAGACCUUCUCCAGCAGCUCGAGAGCACGCAGCUGAUGCAGCAUACGGAGACGAGGAACCCAGUUGAGCAGCUGGAGGAGACGCUCCGGCAUACGUACAUGCUCAUCAGAUCCUGUCAGGACGGCAGCUACCUGUACAGCUGCUUUAUGAGUGGGAAGCAAGCUGACCAGCUCCAUCCGGUGCAGAAUGAGAUCGCCUUCUACCUCCAGCUUAUCCCACUCGUUGGCUUUGUCGAUACCACUCGGACCUGGGCAUUGCUUCUGCAUAGAGCUCACCCUCUCGGUACAGAUUCUUCUCACUUUUCUGGAAGUGAAUGGUACGGCUCUUAUGCGCAUGACUUUGCCCGCGCAGAUUUAGUUACUUAUGAACACUUUCAAAUUAAAUAUAAUCUUAAAGAACUCAGUUCUCAAGAUCAUGCUGCAUCUGAACUCAAGAGAUGCUAA